CCGAACCGUCCAACAAUAUCGCCCCGCGCGUCCAUUUCACGAUAUGCUUCAACGCGUGAAGACCUCCUUCUCUUACCUGGAAGUUCACAGCUGCAAAGCCACAUAGCUUUCUCCACCGACGAAAACCGCGAAUCGAAAAAAGCACCUCGACCCAACAUCCGCGAUUUCGAAGGCAGCAGACAAUCGCAGAACCGCCAUGAACCAUCAUCCUCGGUUGCAGAACCUGCGAUCGACUGCCCAACUCCUCAGAGAAGCUGCCUCUUCUUUCUCUUCCAAUAUCGUCACCUUUCUUUUACUUUCUCUUCUCAUCUUAUCCUUCCGUACCGUCGUUGAGAACGGCACUGCCCAUGUCACCUCUUUCAUUGACCGCGAUCCCUCCCUCAAAGCCCUCCUUUCUCGCCUUGAACUCGCCGGCAACACCGACUCCCGCCGCUUCCGAUCUCCCGACGAUCCUUCGUCUGCCGCCUUUCGCCGCCAUCGCCGUCGCCCUUUUCUUCAUCUCACUCGUGUCGGAACUCUAGACGAUGACUUCUUUUCCAGCGACGAUGACGAUGGUCGCUCCUUAUUCGGGCCCAACAAGAAAGCGUCUGUCAAUGGCAGUUUUGUGGUUUUUGGCUCGUUUAACUUGAAAUCAGGGUUCUCGGAUCUUGUUAUCGAUAAUGGAAUUAGGGUUUCGGAAGUGGUUCGCUCUGGAAUCACCUUCAAAGAAGAAGGUUUAUCAUUUGCUGAUGAUAAAGAUAUCGAUAACGACAAAGAAGCUGAAAAUGAAAAGGUUGAAUUGGGAACUGGUCAGGAAGUAGAUAGAGCUGUCGAUUUGCAGUUCUUUAUAAAGGGAUUAGAAAUUGGUCGUCGUGAUGCUGCGGCGCUGUUUUUUCUUGUGAGUUUUCUGUCUGCAGCUUACGGGUGGGUGAUUUUAGUUUUUCUUGUUACAUAUUCAUGGGUUUUGGGCAUCGUUUUCAUUGCUGUUGUUAACGAUCUAUUGGGGAGGUUUGGUUCGAUUGCUGGUAUGAUUUGGGAUGGUACCAGAUUGGGACUCAAGAGGCUUUCGGGGUUCAUUCUGAUGAGGUGGGCCGUUAGGGACGCCUUGACUCAGCUUCUUGGACUCUGGUACUUCGGUGAAAUCGAAGAUCAGUAUUCUUUUUUCAAGCUGUUUGUUAGAUUGAAAUUGAUGCCAUUCUCAGUUAUGUCUCCGUGGAUUAGAGGGUUUGAGAAUGAGAUUUCCGGGUUCUUGUUUACUUGGUUUCCUGAUACGUUUGUGGCAUUCAUAUUUUCUGUAGAUGCCUGGGUUUCUAUAGUGGACUCUAGGAGGAGUGGGAGAGAAAUUGUGAAGGAAGGUUGUUAUUUGAUAUCUACAAUGUUGAACCAAGCUAUACAAAUUAAAUGCUUGGAAGCUAUAUGUUGUGGAUCAUUUGUGAGAUGGGUUUUAGCCCGAGCUUGUGGAAGAUCUUUUGCCAAGAUGUUUCAGGCAACGAUGGAGGUAUACUUCAUGGUUGCUUGGCUGAUGUUUUACUUUGCGGCCAGGUGUAAGGAUGCCAGUCUACAGGGUAGGAGGUUUGGGCAGAGAGAGUUGGAAGGCUUGCUUGAAGGUCAUAGAUGAUACGUGGUGGUGACUGGAUCACGAUUUUUCUUGCUGGCUUUAACUGCACUUAAUUUGCUGCGAUGUUUCGCUGGUUAAUGUUUCUUGCUUUUGCAGCUUUGUCGAUCAUCAUUGCCAGUAUGUAAUUUUGUCACCAGCAAUGUAGUUUAUGUACUUUACAAGGAGGCCAACAUACUGGCUGUGUAUAUUCUGAACGAGAAUACAUCAUGUGUAUAUUAUUCAUGCAAUGAUUUAAUUGGUUCAACCAAUUCUUGUUGGUGAUGAUUGUAAA